AUGACUACUCUACCCUGUGAUCCACGAACAUUUAAAACAGGCGAUUAUCCAGGACGAUUAAUAUCAAUUGAUGUUACUGGUUUCAAUCCGUUAAAGCUACGUGCGCGUAUGCGUUUAACGAACAGUACCGAUGAAAUUUCAUUUGAAGGCAUGGCCUUUGCAGGUAACUCCGCUGUACUUCCUGUGGCUGCUGUCACAACAGUUUGCCGUUCACUUGGUUGUAGUGAAUAUGCUGCGAAUGCGUUAGUACACUGGACUCAGUACGAUGACUGUCUUUUUACCUGUCCUGAUGGCAAAAGUGCGAAGCGAACAUGCCAAUUUAUGUUAGGUUCAUUUACAUGCAAGACAGACGCAAUGAAUUUGGCUGAAUGUCAAAUGGGGAGCUUUUGGGCUAUGUCAAACCAGAACCCUCUAUCGUAUGCUGGUGCUCAGGUUGUGUGCGCAGACUGUGGUGAAAAUUAA